CAUAUGCCCAAUAUUUAAACAGGGCCAUUUCACUCAUUCUACCACCCUUUUUCAAUUUCUUUUCUCUCAAUUCUUAUCUAAGACCAAAACAGAGUAUCAAACAAUGACUUUUUUCACUGCCAUGAUCUCUCUUCUCCUCCUAGUUCUCUCUGUUUCCUCAACUUAUGUUCCUACAAAUUCUGUUACACAAUUAUCUACUCUAACUCCACAUGCAAAUCCUAUAGCACAAUUGUCUACUCCAACUCCACCUGCAAAUCCUAUUGCACAAUUAUCUAGUCCAACUCCACCAGCAAAUCCUAUUGUACAAUUGUCUACUCCAACUCCACCUGCUAAUCCUAUAACACAAUUAUCUACUCCAACUCCACCGGCAAAUCCUAUUGCGCAAUUGUCUACUCCAACUCCACCAGCAAAUCAUAUUGCACAAUUGUCUACUCCAACUCCACCUGCAAAUCCUAUUGCACCAUUGUCUACUCCAACUCCAUCUUCAAAUCCUAUUGCACAAUUAUCUACUCCAACUCCACCGGCAAAUCUUACUGCACAAUUGUCUACUCCAACUCCACCUGCAAAUCCUAUUGCACAAUUAUCUACUCCAACUCCACCUGCAAAUCCUAUUGCACAAUUGUCUACUCCAACUCCACCUGCAAAUCCUAUUGCACAAUUAUCUACUCCAACUCCACCGACAAAUCCUAUUGCACAAUUGUCUACUCCAACUCCACCUGCAAAUCUUAUCACACAACUAUCUACUCCAACUCCGCCGGCAAAUCCUGUUGCACAAUUGUCUACUCCAACUCCGCCCGCUAAUCCUAUUGCUAGAUCUACAGUUCUUGCUGCUGGACGAUCAGGAUCAGGACCAUCCGCUGCUCCAGCUCGAAGCCCUUCUCAGACGAGCCAUGGAUCUUCGUUGAUUCCAAUCUCUGGCUUGACAUUUGUAAUCAGUGGCGCAUUGGUCAUAUUGUUCUCUCAUAUCUAAAACCCGAGAUCCCUUAACCUAAAUAAAGACCUAAGCGUAUUUUAAAUUAGUUGUGGUGUUUCCAUAAUUCCAUAAAGACUUAUCAUGUUUCACUGAUUACAACUAAUUUAUGUGUUUUUUAUAAUUCCAUAAUUCCAUAAAGACUUGUGUUUUUUA